AUGGCUACCAGUUCGGAAAACACAGGCUCCGAUAUUGACGCAACAGGGGCAAUGAAUUGUGACUUCUGUACGAUGAAGCCCGCGGAGGGAUAUUGUACUGAUUGCUUGGAAUACUUGUGUGAUGAAUGCUUUCGAAACCACUGUAAACCUAAGCCAUGUAGAAACCAUAAGUUAGUUGGAAAGGAUAAAAUGCCUAGACGACAAGUAUCUACUGCUGUUGUGGACAACAAAUGUGAUUGCAAUGCAAAUAACAAUGUUAACUUCUAUUGCGAAAGACAUCAUAAGUUACUGUGUGUAAAUUGUAUCGUAAAUAUUCACAAGGGGUGUCGAUUUAGGGAUUUAACUGAACGUUCAACUCACACAGAAAAGUCGGAAGAGUAUUCAGAAUUUCUUAAAGAAUUAGAUGAGUCUGAAAAUAUGUUUGAAGUAAAAAAGGGUCUUUCUCAACAACACAAAGAUAAGUGCAAUGAGUCGUUUAAGCAAGUGUUUCAAAAGGCAUAG